AUGAGUACGAAAAGGUUGAGUAUGAAGCUUCUUGUUGAUAAAGAAAAUAAGAAAGUGUUGUUUGCAGAAGUUGGAAAGGAAGUUGUAGAUUUCUUUUUCUUUAUUCUUACUUUGCCACUAGCUAAAGUCACAAAUCUCCUCACCAACUCCAAGAAGGAGAUGAUCGGUUGUUUAAGUGCCCUCUACAAGAGUGUUGAAACCCUAGAUCAGACCUACAUUAAACCGGGUCAGAGCAAGGAUUCACUCCUAAACCCCCUUGUUUCACUUAAUCAGGCACAUUUGUUACUGCCAGACCAACCAAUUCAAACUAGUGCCGACAUUAAGAUCUACAGGUGUCCCGAAACAAGUCAUAGUACCUUUUUUGUUAGAGAUCCAAAUCUCACUUGUCAAAAUCAAAGGCAUUCUCCCUUUGGAGGUUAUGAAAUAUGUGGUCGCAAAAUGAGUUCUCUUGAUGAUUCUUUUGAGAACAAGGCAACAAUACCAACUCGUGAAUGUGGGGGUUUCGUAAAUGGUAUGAUAACAUAUAUGGUGAUGGAUGAUUUGAUGAUAACACCCAUGUCCACCAUUUCUUCCAUUUGUUUGUUGAACCAGUUCAAUAUUAAGGAUGUUAGUCAUCUUCAAGAAAUCGUGGUUGAUUUUGGCAUGGAUGAGGGUCUGAAGAUAUUAGAAGCCUCUCUUAAAGGGAAAGAAGUCCUCACUCAAGUGUUUUCUUUCAAAUGUUUUGCUAAUUAG